CGCCAAUGCUGCCUGGCUAAAAUAUGCGUGCUAAGAAAAAAGUAGUUCCGAAUUUUAGUAUAGUUUUUCCCCGAUAUAGAGAAAAAAAUAAGUCAAAUGGUGUUUGAAGUAGGUUUGAAGUGUUCACGAAGGUAUUAUAUACAGUUUGGACUAGAAUUAACGUGGCGAAAUCUCAAAAUGGAAAAGUGAUUUCUUGACAAAGCGAUGGCGUAGGAAACGGACUUUUACCCAUAAACGCUUUAACCUCCAUUCGUGUUAUUGAAGUAGAGAUACGGAAUUAAAGUUGUGUCAGAUGUGCCCAUUAUUUUAAAAAAAUGCGAAAAGUGACAUUGUGUGGUAUUUUUUAGGACUUAACGGACUUGACGAGUGACUUUGUCGAUAAGUUUAGUAUGUGUUUGCAAGGACCAGGAGGCAUUAAGGCCUCCCAAAACGUGAGAAAGUGUCGGUUGUUGAUUAUAACGGCGGGGUGUCGGCAACGAUUAUACAAAGGCUAAAAACACCGGCAGCGGAAUUUCCUUAUAAAAAUGAGCCAGUAUCGUCAAGACGGAGGCGGCGGAUCUACUGGACCCACCGGGCAGGGCCCUACCACAGCUGCCGCUGGCCCAAAUGGCGCUAUAGAAGGUGAAGGGGAAACUUCUUCAGGAGCAGGAGGACCUGCUGGAAACCCACAAGAUUCUAUUGCAUAUUCGACAGAAGGUCCUCUGUCAGGGCCUCCUCCACCAGAAGCUGCACAUGGUUAUGCACCUUUUGUUUAUGGUUCAGGAGGAACAGAUCACACGUUUGGACCUCGCCAGCCGUUUGGGGCAGCAGCUAAGCAGUUACCACCUCCGCCACAUCGAUUCAUGCCGGGCCCCCCGCUUUCACAGCCCUCAGGUCCGACACCAACGCUCAAUCAACUUUUACAAAACCCAAAUCCUGUUCCUCAUCGUUAUCAAAACAAUUAUGUGCAACCAGAACAUCACUAUAAUCAGUGGCCCCAAAAACAUGCACAAACAUACGGACCCGGGCCAACCCCAUCACCAGGACCUUACAGACAACAACAAUUCUGUCCUACCUAUGGUGGACCAGGAGUUUCACCAGGUAAUUAUGAUUCCCGGGCAAGUUGGCCAGGUGGACCACCAUCAGGGGCGCCUCCGCACUCCCAACAUGGCCCUGGCAGUCCCGGUCAGCCACAACCUCUUCCUCAGCAACCCCAAAAUCAACCACCAAGUUCACAACCCCAACAAAAUUUAUCUAGCUCUGUGCCUGUAAGUCAACCUUCACCCCAAUCCACACAGCCACCCAUAAGUCAUUCACCUGGCCCAGGACCUGGAGGUCAACUGCCUCCCAGUCCACAACAACACAACCAUCAGCAUCAACAACUAUCUGGACAUCAACAAGGAUUUCCAAGUCGACCUCCUCCACCCACAACUCCAAAUGCGCAUGCUCCAGAUGCAGCGGAUCUGAGCGGAGGUAACAGUAACGAUAGUUCAGGAGGACCAGCACCUGGAACCCCAAAUUCUCAGGGUAUGCGACCAACACCCUCGCCAACAGGUUCAACAGGGUCUAGGUCAAUGUCACCUGCAGUCAGUCAAAACAUUCCUAUGCCGCCGCGGCCAUCUAGUAGCCAAUCAGAUGGCGGUAGCGGUGGUGGUAAUGGGGGAGGGGUACCUCCAAAGUUGAGCCAUUCACCAAUGCCCCCUGGGCCCACAGGGUAUGGACCUCAGGGUCAACAACCGCCACAUCCUGGUCCUUACAAGGGGAUGGUACCUAUGUCAGGUGGGAAUCCAAACUCACCGCAAAUGUCACUAUAUCAACAUCAACCAGUACAGUAUCCAGCUGGAUAUCCAGCCCGACUACCUGGAAGUUAUGGGCCAGCUAGUCAAGCAUAUGGACCAUCAUCAGGUUGUCCAUCGCCUGGUCCAAAUCUGCGACCACCACAUUACCUCAAACACCACCUCCAACAUAAAAUGGGUUUUGCAGGAGUAGGGCCUGGGUCAGCACCGCCAAGUCCAGGUCCUCCUCAAAAUUUCCAUAUGGGGCCACCUUCAGGUCAUCAUCAUUCUGGUAUGGGACCACCACCAUCUAUGGGCCCACCAAAUAUGCCAACUUCUAGUAACCCUAUGCUCACAAAUAAUCAUCCACAUGAAAGUCCUAUGCCCCCACCAAGUUCGACUCCAAAUUCUCAUGUUCAAAUGGUAAAUGAAAUAAUUGAUAAUGGUAUAACCACUACUCCGCAAAAUACCAUGAAUACGCAUGUAACAGCUACUUCUGGGGGUUCAGUUACUUCAGUUGUCACAACAGGACCUGAUGGGGCACCCAUUGAUGAAGGUUCACAGCAAUCUACGUUAUCAAAUGCAUCAGCUGCUUCAGGUGAAGAUCCCGCUUGUCCACAGACUCCAAAGUCUAACAGAAAAAAUGACAUGGGCCACUACAGCCAUCCAUCCACACCUCAAGGAUCCGUAUCACAAGAUGAUUAUGGAGAAAUAAAUAGUCCCGGCUGGCCACGCACGCCUGCUAGUCCGGUGAGUCAAAAAGUGUUUAACAGUCAUGUGCCCCCACAGGAUACAUAUCGCUCAAAGAAAACGGACAGUCUUGGCAAGCUAUAUGAAAUGGAUGAGAGCCCUGACAGAAGGGGAUGGCUUGAUAAACUUUUGGCUUUUAUGGACGAUCGAAGAACCCCUAUUACAACCUGUCCGACAAUAUCCAAGAAUCCCCUUGAUUUAUUUCGCUUGUAUAUGUUUGUUAAGGAACGCGGGGGCUUCAUGGAGGUAACGAAGAACAAAACCUGGAAGGAUAUUGCCGGUCUUCUUGGCAUUGGUGCAUCUUCAAGUGCAGCCUACACCCUUCGUAAACAUUAUACGAAAAAUUUGUUGGCUUAUGAGUGCCAAUUUGACCGGGGCGGUAUAGAUCCGCAACCUAUUAUCAAUCAAGUGGAAGCCAGUAGUAAGAAAAAAGGAGCCAAAGCUACAUCUGUUCCAUCGCCAGGAUCUUCUAAUUCGCAGGACUCAUUUCUUCCCAGUAGUAGUGCUGGAUCUAUGGAUGGUUAUGGCGGUUACAAUGGGUAUCCGCCUUCAGGAAACCCGGAAUACCCUCAAAGACCUCCUUCACAAUCUGCACCAUCGCCACUUGCAGGUACGGGAGGAACAAACCACUUGAAUAGUGCUGCGCCAGCAGGUCCCAGCUCUGCAAGUGGAGCUGCGGACAACGUAAGCGUAUCGAAUCCAUUCGAUGACGUUUCCCCGAGUCCGCCACAAAGAGGGGGCCCAUUUCCUAGUGGGCCCCAUCCUUCUUAUUCACCAGCAGGUUACCCAUCAGGGAUAAGACCAGUCUAUCCAUAUUCAGGUGACUCGUCGGGCCCCCCUCCUGGACAGCCCAAUAGCGGACAGCCACCUUCUUCUUCACCGCAAGAUCCUUACAAUCGAUACAAUGCUAAUCCAGCUGCAGGCUACAACCCGCGACCCCCUUAUGGAGGAGCCCCGACAGCCAGUGGUCCGCCUCCUUCACAGCAAACUGCUACUGGUCCUUACCCAGGCCAUCAGGAUUAUUAUAGACCUGAUCAGAAUGCUGCUGGAUAUUCUGGAGUGCCACCUGUAAAUAAAAAUAUGCCCCCUCCUGGACUGCCUCCUCCUGGUCAGCAACCUCCUAGGAGACAUCCUGACUUUGCCAAAGAUCAAAGCUAUCCUUAUCCGCAGCCAAGGGCACCUAUGUAUGGCAACUGGCCCAAUAAUAAUCAGUAUAGACCUCCACAGUAUGGUACUGCAAGUACCAAUCAAGGACCACCACAGCAAUGGAAUCAAGGAAAUCGGCCUCCUGGUCCUUGGUCAAAUAGUCAAGGAUACCAAGGUGGCCAGCCUGGCCAGAAUCAAUGGCAACCUAUGCCCAAUCAAGGACCACAGACCUCGCCAAUGAGACCAGUUCAUAGACCGGGAAAACCUUAUCCCCCUGUUAUGCCGCCAGGAGGCGCCGUUAAAGGAUCUAACCAGCAAACACUUGGAAACUCAUAUGGACAUGGUCACGGUCAGAUGCCUAAAAGGGAAAUUAUUUUCCCUCCAGAUAGUGUGGAAAAUGUUACUCCAAUUUUGUAUAGGAGGAAACGGAUAUGCAGGGCAGAUUUGGGUCCUGUAGAUGCUUGGAGAUUAAUUAUGUGUCUGAGAUCUGGAAUGCUAACUGAAAGCAGUUACGCUCUAGAUAUGUUAAAUAUUUUAUUAUUCGACGACACAUCAGUGGGGUAUUUUGGGCUCAAUCAGUGGCCUGGUCUGCUUGAAAUUUUACUUGACCAUUUCAAGAAAACUCUGUCAGACACAUUUGAUGGAGCGUAUCCUAGGGAAUAUAAACCUGAUGAAAACGAUGUGGAUUUGGGCAGUGUGUUAAAACCCAUAGAUCCCAGUUUGAAUACAGUAAUUUUAAAUAAAACCCCAAAUUAUACAUUGAUGUCUCGAAGAGGAUUUCCUGUGAAGGUUGUUGAUCGACCAGAUGAUAUUUUUGUGCAAGAUAAUUUGAAAUCCUGGGAUACCCGGGGUGACGUAAAUACUGCAACUAUUCUAGCAGAAAUUCCUGCUGACCCAUGGCAUACCAAUGCCGAUCAUAUUUUGCCAAGCUUUCAGGCCGAGUUUGGACGAAUACCAUUCCAUACCAGAUUAGAAGAUAAAAAACCUAGAGUAAAAACUGAACAAACUACUGAAACGAAAGAAAUCCAAGCUGCAUCCAUUCCUCCAGAAGAAGCACCACCUCCCAAAGUUAGUGAGAAAAAACGUAGUAGGACAAAAACAUUAAGUGACGUGAUAUCUCGAAUUAAAAAAGAGACAUCAAAUGAUAAUAACGAUAAAGUGCUCAUGUUAGACAUGUCUAUGAAAUUAAAUACGGUUAAGACUGAAGUAGUUAGUGAGAGAAGUUUGAACUGUGAGGAGACUGCAUCCUCAAGUGUAGAUCUGAACGUUAGUGUAAAUGGAGAGUGCAGUAAUAGUAUGGAAAAUAGUAGUGAAACAAAAGUAAAAAAAGAAGACAAAGACAGUGAAGAUACAGCUGGUUCUAUGAAACGAAAACUACUUUCUGAAUAUGAGGACGAAUCAUAUUCCAGAGAUGAUGCUAGUUUAGUUCUCUUAUCAGAAAGCCAAGAAAAUGUAGGCAAACGGUGUGUCUGUAUAUCUAAUAUUCUUAGAAGUCUUACAUUCAUUCCUGGCAAUGAGAAUGAAUUUGGCAAAAGUAUUAGUUUCUUGGCGCUUGUAGGGAAACUGUUGUUGUUACACCAUGAACAUCCUCCAAGAGCUCAAAAGACAAGGAAUUAUGAUCGGGAGGAGGACGCAGAUUUUGCAGACUCGUGUAGCAGUUUGCAAGGUGAAGACGAAUGGUGGUGGGAUUUUCUUGCGCAAAUAAGAGAAAACGUUUUGGUGUGUUUAGCAAAUAUUGCUGGACACAUAGAUGUAUCCCUGUAUGAAGAAGAAAUAGCCAGACCAUUAUUAGAUGGAUUGCUACAUUGGGCGAUAUGCCCUUCUGCUGCUGCUCAAGAUCCAUUCCCAUCAGUUGGCACAUCGUCAUUGCUCUCACCACAGAGGCUUGCUUUGGAAGCUUUGUGCAAACUUAGUGUUACUCACAGCAAUGUAGAUUUAGUAGUAGCUACCCCACCAUUUUGCAGGCUAGAAAAACUAUGUGCAGUACUUACAAAACACCUUUGUCGAUCCGAAGAUCAGGUACUAAGGGAAUUCUCUAUAAACCUUCUGCAUUACCUAGCUGCGGCGGACAGUAGCAUGGCAAGGGUAGUUGCUUCACAAACACCAUGUGUGUCUCUAUUAGUAGCAUUUAUUGAGCAAGCUGAACAAAGUGCCCUAGAAGUAGCAAAUCAGCGUGGAAUUGCCGCUCUAAGAGAUAAUCCAGAUUCCAUGGGCACUAGUUUAGAUAUGCUUAGAAGAGCGGCAGCAACUUUAGUAUUCCUUGCUAGGCAUCCUGACAACAAGGCUCUCUUGGUGCAGCAGGAACCCCGAUUAUUAGCUUUGGUGAUGAGCCAAAUUUUAGAUCAACAAGUGGCUUUACUCAUUUCGAAAGUGCUAUUCCAAAUAUCGCGCAGCUAAUCUGCUCCGAUAUUGUAGAUAUAAACUGGCAAUAUGAUAGUCUGGUUCAUGUACAGAAUAAAUCCAUGUAUAGUGAUUAUACAGUACGGUUUACCACAAAGGACAGAGUGCAUGUAGUGAGCUGUGUUACGCCAAUGUAAAAAAACUAUUUCCGAGACCAAAACUAGACUGAGAUUUCAAUCUCUUCUAAUAGCUAAUCAAUUCGUAUUAGUGUUAUCCAUUGAAAUUGUACCAUUUUGUAAAUUAGGCGACAUAUGUCUUUCUGGAAAGUGUUAAACAUACAUCCAUGUUACUUAUUUCAUAUUAUUUAUUAUUUGAUAUAAAACGGUAUGAUAGUAAUGCAGCUGUUGUGCUCUGAAUGUCUGAAAUUCAGACUUGGAGAAAAUACAAAAUAAAAACCUUUUAGUUUCUUUCUCCUCAGCGCCAGGGGCGUAAUUCUCUUCAAUUAUUUCAUGUUUGGUAUUACUAUGCGAAUGCUUAUACAUGUCUGAUAAUGAAUUUAUUUAAAUAAAUGUACAAAGGAAGUACUGAAUAUGGUGUUUUUAUACAAGCUUUAAUUUUUUGUGUAUAUCUAAAAUGUUUUAUACAUCCCAUCUUAGCUGUUACUUUUUAAAUCUGUUAUUGAUUGAACAAGGAUUGACUGUAUAUAUUAGGAAAUACAGUCUCAAACUAGAACUCAAAAUGUAGUUUAAAAUAUGUGGUGAUAUUUUUCUGGCUGUAGAUAUAUUAUCUUAUGUAUGAUUGCAUAUUGUAAAUUAAGUAAAUGCUAAAUACACUGUCUUCUUUUUGA